UCACACACACAGAGAGACACAGACAGAGAGAGAGAGAGAGAAAGAGGGGAAGAGAGAGAAUAAACGUUGCCCCCCGGACAAAAGCUCAAGUUUCUCCACACACACUAAACACGAACACAGAGAGAAAGAGAGAGAGAGAGAGAGAGAGAGAGAAGGAAGCAACAUAGGGCUUCGUUCCCCCCCAAAACCCAAUCCCUAAUUGGAUCUCAACAAAACAAAACAAAACAAAGAAACAAACCAAUCACUCUUUCUUUUCUCUUUCCUUCUCCAAUCCCAUCCAUGGGAAUGCUGCUGCUUCUUCCCGGACAACCAUGACCUACGCCGCCGGCCACCACCAUAACGACACCGCCGACCUCUUCUACGAGUCCCUUGACAGGCUACUAUCCUCCUCCGAAUGCUCUACCUCCACCACCUCCGACACCGAACAAGAACCGCCGCAACACCACCACCACAAGCCCGACGACGGAAUUUACAAUUAUGCCCUCGCACUUAACAACAACUACGACCUCUGGAUCUCUCAUCCUUCCUCCGUCUCCGAGCGCCGUUCCUCCCUCCUCCGCCACCUCGGUCUCGCCGCUCCCUCGCCGCCGCGCGAUAAUGGGGACUCUUCCCGCUCCCCGUCGUCGGAUCAGUUGACUGGACUGCGUCAGGGCUCCGCCGGAGGGAUGCCCCGAUCGAGCUCUGACGGUGCCGCGGAUCCUCAGAAUUCCGUUGGUGAUGGUGAUGGUGAUGGUGAUGGUAUUGAUGAUGAUGAUGAAAAGCCUUGUGGUUCUUGUUCGCUUUCUCGUUCUUCUUGUCGUUGUUGUCGUUCUUGUUCGUCUUCUUCUUCCAUUCUUUCUAUUCGUUCGGCCGUACCGGAGGCCGGAAAAUCUGUAAAUAGCCGGAAUCGUCGCGGGGGCAGUGUUGGUGGUGGCGGUGGAAAUGGCGGGUCCCCCUGGAAGCCUCCUUCGGGGAGGAAUGGAAAAAGCGUGGAUUUUGGGCAGAACGGGUCCAUGGUACCGGAGAAUGUCGCCGGUGAGGUGGUUGCCGUGGCGGCAGAGGCAGUGGCUAGUGGGGAUUAUAAUGAGGUCAAUGAGGAGGCUUGCACCAUAAGGGAUCUUGACAAUGGGAAAGAGUUUGUGGUGAAAGAGUUUAGAGAAGAUGGCAUGUGGAACAAGUUCAGGGAGGUCGGCACUGGCCGGCAACUGACAAUGGAGGAGUUCGAAAUGACGGUCGGUCACUCGCCGAUUGUCCAAGAGCUCAUGAGGAGGCAGAAUGUGGAGGAAAGCCAUGGAAAGGACAAUGUGGAUUCAAUUGGCAAUGAAGGUGGCAAGGGAAACAGUGGUUCCAAGUUGAAGAAGAGAGGGAACUGGUUGAGGGCCUUAAAAUCCGCGAUGGGGACACAUAAGGAGCGGCGAAGCAGCGACGAGAGGGACACCUCUUCGGAGAAGGGGGGGAGGAGGUCAAGCUCCGCCACGGAUGACAGCCAGGAUAAUGCCUCAUUCCAUGGACCUGAGAGAGUUAAGGUUAGGCAGUAUGGGAAGCCAUGUAAGGAGGUCACAGCUCUUUACAAGAGCCAGGAGAUUCAGGCUCAUAAUGGAUCUAUAUGGAGUAUUAAGUUUAGCUUAGAUGGGAAGUAUUUAGCAAGUGCUGGCGAGGAUUGUGUGAUCCAUGUGUGGCAGGUUGUGGAGUCUGAGAGGAAGGGGGAGCUGCUGAUGGAAAAACAUGAGGAUGGGAAUAUGAACAUGUUGUUUGUUGUCAAUGGAUCUUCGCUGGAGCCGAAUCUGCUGUCCCCUCUCAUGGACAAGUCACCUCUCUUGGACAAUCAUCAUCCAGAGAGGAAGAGGAAGGGGAGGACAUCCAUUACCCGGAAAUCGUUGAGCUUGGAUCAAUUAGUUAUCCCGGAUACCGUGUUUGCGCUCACCGAGAAACCCAUUUGCUCCUUUCAGGGACAUCUUCAUGAUGUGCUUGACCUCUCUUGGUCCAAAUCUCAGCACUUGCUCUCAUCUUCAAUGGACAAAACGGUGCGGUUGUGGCAUUUGUCUAGCAACUCUUGUUUGAAAGUUUUUUCACACAGUGACUUUGUAACUUGCAUCCAGUUUAAUCCUGUUGAUGAUAAUUACUUCAUUAGCGGAUCCUUGGAUGCUAAGGUUCGCAUAUGGAGCAUUCCUGAUAGGCAGGUUGUUGAUUGGACUGAUAUGCAUGAGAUGGUUACUGCUGCUUGUUAUACACCCGAUGGUCAGAGUGCACUGGUUGGUUCUUACAAGGGCAGUUGCCACUUAUAUAACACGUCAGAAAAUAAGUUGCAACAAAAAAGUCAGAUCAAUCUGCAGAACAAGAAGAAGAAAUCACAUCUCAAAAAAAUUACAGGUUUCCAGUUUGCCCCAGGAAGUUCAUCAGAGGUACUUAUCACAUCUGCUGAUUCACGAAUUCGGGUUGUUGAUGGUGUUGAUCUGGUUCACAAGUUUAAAGGGUUCCGUAAUUCGUCAAGCCAAAUUUCAGCAUCUCUGACAGCCAACGGUAAAUAUAUUGUCUCCGCGAGUGAGGAUUCCCACGUGUACAUAUGGAAAAAUGAAGCGGAUUGUAGGCCUAACAGAAGCAAAGGUGUAACUAUCACAGGCGCAUACGAACAUUUCCACUGUAAAGAUGUUUCAGUGGCCAUUCCAUGGCCGGGUAUGGGCGAUGCCUGGGACAUGCACGAUACACUUUCUGGAGAGCAAACUGAGAUUGAUAACAAUGUGGAUGAGGCCUUGUCCGCCAAUCAUCCUCCAACCCCCGUUGAGGAAAACUUUGGCUCCGAGGGUUCACGAUCCACCUCGGUUUACAGCAAUAGUCCACGCCAGGCAACCAUUGCAGGUGCCACAAACAGCUACUUUUUCGAUAGAAUUUCUGCAACAUGGCCGGAGGAAAAACUUGUCGUGGCAGCCACAAAGAAUCGAAGCCCUCGUAUCAGCGGGGAUUACUCAAACACAGGAAGUCAAAACAUGUCAGCCUGGGGUAUGGUGAUUGUAACUGCCGGCCUUCGAGGCGAAAUUAGAACUUUCCAAAAUUUUGGAUUGCCACUUCGGAUAUAAGAGGUGAUAAGAAUGCAUGCUUUUAUCAUUUUAUGGGCAUGGUGGAGUUGAGUUGAUGAAAUCAGCUCUUGAAGGGAAAACCUGUACAGAGAAAUGGGUGAUAUUUGUAAUAUUAACGGGUUGGGGAGGUUCCAAUUCUUUCCUUGUUCAUUGUGCUAAUAGGGUCGUUAUUCCAACCACGCACAGAGGGGAAAAGGGUUGAAAAUUUGUCAAAGAAAAAAAGAAUUAAAAAAAAGAGAAAAAAAAAAGAAGGUACACCAGGAAUUUAGAAACCGAUGGAUUUGUUUAUGUAAUCGGGAAUUGUAGAGUAACGCCAGCAUGGUUAAAGCUUAUUGAAAUUAGAAAUGAUGAUUCUUUCACAAUUCACACAA